AUGGGAAUUUGCAGCUCUAGAAAAUCAAAUAAAGAAGCAGGAAUAUAAUUACAAAUAGAAAAAACAGUGGCUGAGUAGAAAUAAAUAAAGAUAGAAGAAGAACUUUAAGUAUAAAACACAACCAGGCGAUCAGUUUGUAAUUAGUUUUCUACUUUAAAUACAAAUGGAAAUGCAAUUACAAUACCUUAACCUGAAUAAGAAGUAUAAGAAAGUAACGAAGGAGAGCCAUAAUAGCAGAAGACUACUAAAAAGAAAGCUCGAUCAACAAAAGAUGAUGUAAAUUACUAUAGGAGAUCGGAUCACUUACUAAAAGUUUUCUCAUUGAUUGUGGAAUUAAUUUAAGAUGAGCAAAACAAAUGUUAUAAUAUUACAAUAGGUGCAAAAAUUAAGGAUUGUGUACAUUAUGCUCAUGUGAAUGGAAUUUUAAUUACUUAAGCAGAUUUUGAACUAUUUCAUUUGUAACCAGAUACGUUCAAAGAAGCAAAUAAAUUUUCUAGAAUACCUGCUUUUUUUUCUACUGAUAAUUAUUUUAAUAUGGACAAAGAAAGUCCAAAUAGUUUUAUUUCAUUUGACAAAUUAUUAAAUGUUGAAAGAAAGAUUGCAAUAAAGCAAACCUAAUAAAGAUUAAAAAAAAAAUAAAGUACAUUACAUGAUAAUUAAAAUCAAUAAAAAGAAAAUGAUUAUAUAAUGACUUCGAAUUUGGAAAUGCUUGAAAUUAUAACUGUUGUAGACAUUGAAUAACAAUCAAGAUUUUUAAAUGUGCUAUUUCACUUAAUCUUAUAGCAUUAUCAUUAAAAUCUUGAUUUGUAUUUAGUAUUUAUAAUAAAUACUACCUUUCUAUUUGAAAUACCUCCAUAAUUUGAUUAACCUAAUAUGUAUCGAUUGGCAUUGUUUUAUGAUAGACUUUCAUAUUCUUUGAAAGAUUUGUAAUAAAUUUUAAUCAAUGAAAAAAGUGAAUUAAGCAUAAUUUUACAUAAAAAGUUGUCUUUAAAUUUAAUACUGAUUUUCAUAAAUUGUUAUGAGAAAUACCUUUAUAGACUAAAUUUUACUCUGUCUACAAUAUUUUAUGUUCCAAAAUAUAAAUCAUUUAAAUUAGAAUCUUUUGGAAGAAUGAAAAGUCUAAUAUAAUUAGGUUAGAAUCCUGAUGUUGCCUUAAAAACUAUAGAAGAAAAGAAAUAUAAGUAAUUUGUAAAAAGCUUUAAGAAGGAUAUGUUUGCAAUAAGCGAUUUGAUUAUUUAUUUCAAAAAUGUGUAGAAUUAAAAUUUAAGAUCCAUAACUACGACUAGAAAAAAGUAUUUUACAAAUAUAAAAAAAGAUAAAUUAGAUAGUUUAGAUGAUGAAAAAAAUUAUUGUUUAUUAGCUGAGAAAAUGUUUAGUUAGAAUGAAGAUCGUUAUAUCCUUGAGUUUUUAAAGCUGGCAAUUUAUUCAUAUGAAGUGAAUGACAUUGAUAAAUUGAUUUAAGAUAUUAAAUAAGUUAGCGAAAGUAUUCAAAAAGACUUAAAUGAAGUAGAAUAUUAAGAUUCAAAAUAAUUUGAUUAAUAAGAUUAAAAUCUUGAAAUGAGAAAAUAAUCAAACUCUAAUUCUGUUGAUUUAGAUAAUUUGAAUGGCAUAAAACAAAUGGAAAUCUUUCCGAUAAAUAUAUGUGAAGAUUACAAAUCGGUCGCUUUGAAUAAAGAUAAAAUUACAGAAGUUGAACAAACAUAUAAAGAGAUUAUUUAUUAAUCAUUAUUAUAUUCAAAAAGAUUUUAAGCUUAUUAUGAAAAGUUUCAAAAUUUAUAAAAACCAGUAUUUUAAAAUUGCUAUGUGGAAAUCCUAAAUACUUUCUAUUUUAUUCGAUAAUAUCCAGAUGAUUCAUGGUAAGAAAAAUUAAAAAUUGUAUCUCAAAAAAUGGAUAAAGUUGUUUAAACAGUUCAAACAGUAAGAGAUGAUAGUGUAGACAAUUUUCACAUAACAUUGUUAUUUUAGAUUUUGACCUUGUCUCAAAAAAAGCCUUUGAUAAUUUUAAAUUAGUUAUCAAAAUGCAUUUCCAAUUAAUUAAAACAGAAACUACAAAUGGAUCAUAGAUUAAGGAGUUAAAAUUAAGCAAAAGGAUUGCUUGAACAAAAAAAGCAUGUGAUGUUAUAAGUAUGGUCUGCAUUAUCAUACCUUAAUUAAGAUAAUUAUUUUUAAGCAAUAAGUAAAAUUUAAAAAGCUAUAGGAUUCUAAUUAAAAAACUAACAUUAAGCAUCAUUAUCAUAUGGUUAUUCUUUAUUAGUAAGUGGAGAGAUAGCAAGAAUAAGUUUAGCACCAGUUUCAGCUAUGCUUAAUUUAGAAAUGAGCUUAGUGAUAUAUAAUCAAUUCUUUCCAGAAUAUAAGUAAAUUGAAGAUCAAUAAGAUAUCUCAGAUAAAUCUGAUUAUAAUCCCUUUUAAAUAAAAUAUAAAGAUGUGAGAGUUAAAAAUUUAGCUACUAGCAACAAAGCUAAAUUAGAGUUUCUUCUUGGAAUGAGUUACUUUGAUAUACAUGAUUAAGAGAAUUCGCUAUUAUGUCUUAAAAGGGCUUAAGAAUUAAUGUUAAGAUCAUUUCAUAUAUAUGCUGAAGAAGUAGUAUUUUUGGUGUUGUAACAGUUAUAGAUUCAUGUAUUGCAGGAUGAUAUAGGACAUGUAAUGAAUAUUGCAUUAUUUUAUGCUAAUGAUAUGAAUGAAUAAUACAGAAGAGGAAAAGAAUUUAAAAAGAAGAUAAUUUCAAAAUUACAGUUUAUAAUAGGGUCUGUUUUUGAAUUCAAUGGAUAAUAUUUAAGUGCAAUUCGAUUUAUUGAACGCUCAAAUCGGACGCUUUCAAAGUCUAAAUGUAAUAAUUUUGUAAUUCAAAUGCACUAUUAAGCCAAAAAAAUUCAAAUAAUUUCAAAAUUGAAGUAAGCUUUUUUGAAAAUAAAAAGUAAAUAGCAAUUGAGAUGUGAAUAAGAUUUGAGUUUAUUUUAGACAUUAAAUGAAUCAUUGGGCCAAACAUUUUAAACGCUUUUUUUUAAAUAACCUAUUACAAUGAAAACUUCAGUUUUAUUGGAAAAAUUUGGGAAGCAGAUAAUCCAUAUUUAAGGUUUGAUGAGAACAGAUGGAUUCAGUAAAGCUAUAAAAUUAUUGGGAGAUUUGAUCAAAGCUUUGAAUAGAAGUAAAAAAGAUGAGAUAUAUGGUUUGGUUUAGGAUAAAUAUCUUAUUUUAUCUCUGGAUAAAAUUAAUUCAAAAGAAAUUGAAAAACAAAUAAUUAGUGUGAUAGAAAUUCAUGAUAGAUACUUAUAAUUUCCACUAAAAUAACAUCAUGUGCUUAAAUGCUAAAUGAUUUUGCUCUGCAUACUUUUAAAAUUGAAGAACACUACUUAAAUUUUUGAACAAUUCAAAAACAUUGAAUAAACAAUCGAUGACUUCUAAACUAUUUUAUAAUGGAAAUCUCUAACUCAGAAUAGCAGCGAUGUUUAUGUACAAAAUAAAUUUGAGACCAUAGUGAAAAAGGGAAAAAUUGCAAUGGUCUAUUAGAUUGCAAAUGUAACAUAAUUGAUUGAGCUCUUUAAUAAGCUGAAGAAAAAAAUAUUUGAAAAUUUAUAAAAUAGAGAAAAGUUUGUAGAUAUAGCCAAUCUAUUUUAGAAGAAGAUAAUAAAUAGUUAGGCUUUUAUAAAACUAUUAGAAACAAAAUAGGAAUGUUUACUAGGGAGUUAUUCUUAAGUGAAAAUAGUGAAUGAAGCAGAGUAAGACCAACAACAAUAAGAACUAAAUAUUUAAAGAGAAAAUCAAAAACAGUUUUAGGUUGAGUAGUCAACAGAAGUUGAUGCAAAAGAGAAUUAAAAAUUAGUUUUUGAUUUGAGAAGCAUUGAAGAAUUGAUGAUGGAAAAGAAGUUAGCCCACCAUAGGAAAGGGCAAACCUAAGAAGCAUUAUAAAAAAUAGAAGAAAAAGUUGAACCUGAAGAAAUAAAGAAACCUCAUAAAAGAAAUUAAACGGAAAUCACUUUAAAUAAUGAAACGAAAAAAAAGAAAACAGAAUAUAAAAUCAAUCCAUUUUUAAGCACUAUAAAAAAUAAAAAAAAAUAGUAAUAAUGA